GUUUUGGAUAAAUAGUUCUGCACUAUUUGGUUCGAUAUAACGAGUUUUCGGUAUAUCCAGGUUUGUAACCAGUGGCGAUUGUAUUUCUAAUUUUGUACUUUAAAGUAAAGAUGACGACUAUAAAAAUUAAGAUAAAAAAAUCAGAUAUAAAAUUCCCAUGCGCUUCGCAUAAACUUUUACAUUUAAAAAUUAUAAUAAAAUGGAUAUCAAAGUACUAACCUGAGAAAUGAAAUAACAAAAGGAGAAAAAUACCCAAACAAUGACUUAAACAUGAACGUGAAAGAAAGCGUCAAAAGAGAGCCAAAGAAACGGACGGAAUCAGUACCAAGUGCCGAGGAACAAAAAAUCAAAAAAAUAAUGGAUUCUACUGGUGAAAUUAAAGAGGAAAAGGAAGGAGGAAGGGAAGGGAAGGGAAAUGAAAGAGGAAAAGGAAGGAGGAAGGAAAGGGAAGGGAGGAAAAGAACGAAGAAGGAGAGAAGAAGGAAAGAAGAGAAGAAAAAAGUGAAAAAGAAGAAAAAGAAGAGAGGGAGAAUACGAGCGAAGAAGAGAGAGAAGAAGGGAGGAAAGGAGGAAAAUAACGAAGAAGGAAAAGAAGAAGAGAGAAAGGAAGCGGAGGAAAGAGUUAAAAUUCAUCUAUAAGAAGAAUAGAUUCUUCGUUAUCGGCAUCAUCGAGAAAUUUUU